AUGGUCUCAGCAGUGGAUCAGCAACUAGAUCAGCAGCUGGAUCAGAACGAAGUUCAGAGACCAUCACAGCAUGACUCCACUAUCAUCAAUGAUGUAAGUGCUUCUGCUUCUUUGCCACAAACCUCUACAUGGAAAAAGAGGGCCUACCUGAUAUGUAUCAGGCGAUCGUUUUGGAGCCCGGAGGCAGCUUCCCACCGGCAGAAAAGCGGAGCUUCGGGCGUCCCGGUCCCGGACGGGCCGGGGCGCUGCGCGCGCGCUCGGCCUCCCGAGAGCCGGACGAAGCCCCUGGGGCGGGCUCCGUGCAAAGGAAGACGCGAGAGGGCCGCGCGUCCAGCUUGCGCGGCCGGGCCCUUGGCCGCCGGAGGGCCCAGCCGGGCGGGAGCCCUGCCCCGGCCCGGCCUGGCCCGCCCCCAGCCAGCCGGCCAGGUGGCGCCUAUAAGAGCCGCGCGGCUGUUGGCAGGAGGCGAGCGCCGCGGUGGGAUGGAUUGGGCGUGGGGCGCGCUGGCGCUGCUCCCCGCGGCGACGCCCUGGGGUCUGGCGCUGCUGGCGGCGCUGGGGGGCGCGGCGUGGCUGGCCCGCCGGCCCCUGCGGCUCUGGCGCGGCCCGGAGGCGGCGGGCUACUUGGGCGAGGCCGGCUGGAGCCGCGCGCAGGUGGCCCGGCGAGUGCGCCGCGGCCGCCGCACCGGCCAGCUGCCUCCCGUCUACCCCAACGGCUGGUUCUGCCUCCUGGAGUCGGCCCGCCUGCGCCGCGGAGAGGUGCGCGGGGUGGCCGCGCUCGGGCAACAGUUUGCAGUCUUCAGAGAUCCCAAUGGGAAAUCUUAUGUGGUAGAUGCCUACUGUCCACAUCUUGGUGCCAACCUGUCUGUAGGCGGCCACGUGGUGGGCAGCUGCAUCGAGUGCCCCUUCCAUGGCUGGCAAUUCAGUGGCAAAGAUGGCAAGUGCACCAGAAUCCCAUAUGCUGAAAAAGUGCCCGAAUUUGCCAAGAUCAAGGUUUGGCCAUCGUGCGAGGUUGGCGGUGUGAUCCUCGUCUGGUAUCACUGUGAUGGUGUCAACCCAACAUGGCAAGUCCCGGAGCUGGAGGAGGUGGCUUCCGGAGCAUGGACCUUUCAUGGCAUCACCGAUCAUUUUGUCAGUGCGCAUAUUGAGGAAAUUCCUGAGAAUGCUGCAGACAUCGCCCACCUGUCCUUUCUCCAUGAAUCCUGUAUUAUGAAUGGAGUAGACCUGCGUCACAGAGAUUCGAAAUUCUGGAAGUUCAUCAAACAUCAUUGGAAGGCGGAAUGGCAGCCGGAUCCAGAGCCAGAGACACACUGUUCCUGCUUGAUUGUGAAACACAGCGUAACCAUUUUUGGCAAGCACCUCUCCUUGCUGGAUUUGAUGGUUUCAGCCAGGCAGAUUGGGCCUGGCUUGGUAUUCCUGCAUUUUAAGCAUUCUUUCCUAGGCCAGGGGGUCAUGAUCCAUAGCGUAACACCUGUGGAACCUCUUCUGCAGCAUGUGAUCCAUCGGAUUUACUACCAGAAAAGCAUACCUGGCUUUAUCCCCAAGUUCAUCUUGUGGGCAGAAAGCAUCCAGUUUGAGCGGGACAUCAUGAUCUGGAAUAACAAGCAGUACAUCUCAAAGCCGCUGCUGGUGAAGGAGGACGCUGCCAUCCAGAGGCACCGGCGUUGGUACUCCCAAUUCUACAGUGCCCAUAGUCCAACGUUCACAAGUCAGAACAAUGGGCUAGACUGGUGACUGCAAUGCCAGCUUGCUGUGCAAUGCCAUCGGAGCCCU